AUGCUACAAAUGGACCUUGAAACCCUCGUCCGCGGCGGCAGCGGGCGCGUCGCGUGCGAGACCGUGAUAGCCGGAGCGCCACCGGACACGACGGCGGCAGUGAUGGCGGAGGACCCAGACUUCCCGCCGGAGUCAUUCACGAUCCCUUUCGGAGACGAGAUCGAGUGGGUGGAUCUCAACGCUGUGUACGAACGCGAUGACUCCACCAAGGGCAACACCAAUCCUAAAGCUCAGCACUCCAACGUCACCGCCACCACCGAUCACCGGAUCUCCAAUUCCAAACGAUUCUCCGGGAAUCUCAAACCCAAGGCCCCCAUCAUCGCUCUUCCUAACAAGAUCCAACACUCGGGUUAUCUCGGAAGGAGUUCACGCCGCCCGGCCAGUGGUCGGACCUUCAUCAAAAAGGGUCGGAGAGCUGGCGAGGCGGAGCGGGAGCCGGGAUCGCCCAAGGUCUCGUGCUUCGGGAAAGUACGCUCGGAGAGGGAGAGGCAGCGGGGCACCAUCCCGCAGCGAGGCGGCGGAAGAGGGUUCUGGAUGUCGUUCUUCUGCUGCGCCGGCGGGGAUCGGGGGUCGUCGGCUGAGUUCCUUGAGGAGAAACACUCGGCCUCGUCGUGGAGGAAACCGUCUUCUUUGCCGACGACGAUGGCGGCGGCGGCGCCGGCGCCGGGGCUCGCGGGAAUGAAGAGGUUCGAAUCGGGGAGAAGGUCCGCGUCGUGGGGUGGAGACGAAGAUGGACACGUGGAGUGGUCUGGACCGUUCGAUGAGGAUGGGUUUCGGAUCCGCCGUUCAGUUGGGUCGAUCGAUGACGCGAAUCGCGAGGCUGAUACGUAGACUUUUUGUUCCUCUUUUUUAACGCUUUGUGUAAAAACUACAGGGUUGAAAUUCCUUUUUUUUUUCUUCUUUGCUUUGUACUUUGUUUGUAUUCUAGAGUGAAAUUG